AUGGAGAAACACUCCAUGCAUCAUCUGCUGUGGACUGCACUGUUCCUGUUGUACUGCAGCUGCGGGUGUUUGGCUGCUGUUGUGCAGCAGUUACCACAGAAAGGAGAAAGUGCUCUACAGGCGUACACCGUCUCUGAUACUCCUCCUGCUGCUGAUGAUAAGAACGGUGAGAAAUGGGAACCCAUCCGUUUUGCUGUGUAUACAAAAUAUGUGGAGGAUGUGAUGAAUUAUUGCAAUACAAAAAAAAUGCCCCCUGAGUACAACGAAGUUGAAGCCAUGAAAAAGGAGCUUGAAAGCCAGUUUAAACAACUCUGUGAGGGUGAAAAUAAAAUGACAACAAAGAGGAUGCAUACUCUUUUUAAGGACCUCCUGCCCCAAGCAAUUAAAUUGCACAGGGAUCGUCUUAAAGUGCAGCCAGUGCAGGGUAAACUGAAGCUAUGGAAAGAGGAUUAUUAUAACACCGAAAACAUAUUUGCAAAGUUUUGCAACCAGUUCUUUGUUCCCGAAGAGCAUUUGAAGGAUGGUGUUUCCGAUGCUGAUUUUUUGCUUUACGUGCGUCUCUCGCCAUAUGGGCAAGAUUAUCAUAUUUGCACUUAUGAUGAGAAAAAACCAAACCGACCGAGAUCUGCCCGCAUCAGUUUUGUCCCGAAGGAGAUCAACGCCACGAGACAUUUCAUUCGUUUGGCUGCACGCUUUAUUGCAUUUGGUCUUGGAUUUGGGGAGUUCGUGGACACCUCUCUUUCUGGGACCCUACCAAUCGAUGUGAACGGCGAAAGCAGGUCCACCAAGGUGGUGUUAAGUACCAAUGUGAAGAAGAAGAUGGUGGAGUAUUACAAAUGCCCAGGUUACGCGGGAAUGAUUUUGCGUUAUAACGGCAGUACAAGUCACCCAGAGUGGGAGAGGCGCAUCGCAAAGGAUGAGUUGAUGAGUCAGAACACUGGUGAACCCACUGGAAUGUUCUACACGGCACUGACGCUUGCAGUAUUUGAUGCAAUGGAUUUCUACCAAGCUGAUUUCGACAUGGCAGAACCCAUGAGUUGGGGGAAAGGAUUUGGAUGUGAACUCUUUACAAGCACGUGCAAAGAUAUCAUCAAAAAAGACUUGGGGAAGUUCCCUAACAUCUUGUGCGAGGAAAGUAAAGGUGAGUCCACAUUACAGUGUACCUCUGAUCGCUUUGGUCUUGGUGUCUGCUCCAAGGACGACAACACGCAUGGUAUGCCCGAUGGGUACAAGUUCUUUGAAGCUGUUGGUGAACAGAGUGAAAUGAUGAAAGAGUGUCCCAUCAUUAAGCCGUUUCAACAGACCAUGUGCGAGACUGGUGAUGAGACACUGAUGCCUGGAAGUAUUGUGAGCAAUAUGUCACGGUGUCUGGAUGUGACGGAACCGGUGGAAAUCGAUGGAAAUAAUGGAACUGGUCUGAAGGUUCAAGGCAUUUGUGCAAAAGUGGAGUGUGAUAAGGACAAGCAGACGGUGAGUGUACAGCUCAAAGGUUAUGAUGAAAAUAAGUGGCAUAAGUGCAGCGAUGACGAGGUAACUAUCGAUGAUGUGGAGGGUUCAGUGUUCAAGAGUGGAACUAUUAUUCGUUGUCCCAAAUACGAAGAAGUGUGCACGAAAGAGAGGAAUACUGAUCAUCUUCCCGAUAUUAAAUACAAUGUAGUUAAUGUGUCUGAGGAUGUGGUGGAAGAGCCCAAACAGGAGGAGGAAGAGAAGGAAAACAAAGAUCAGAACAACUCGAGCACCAAUCCGGAAGUAAGCGGUGGCGUGGCAAAUACUGGGAAUGAAACGUCCACUAAUACACAAGGGGAAAGUGCUCCAGCAGCCCCUGAAGACGCAAUACAGUCCCCAAACACUGUUUUGAACGGGACAAACUUAACUGAGAGCCAAGUGGAAGAAGAAUCCAAAAAUGCAAAUGGAACGGAUGUGUUGGGUACUGACAGCAGCACCGUCACCUCCUACAUGGCCCCUCUUGCACUUCUUGUGUGUGUGUUGUUGGUUUUGUGA